CUUUACUAUUGUCCAUUCCCAACAUCACUAUUUUAUUCAUUUUUUCACUAUUCUCUCUUCAUUCUCACCAAUCUAUCUAUCACAAGCCUUCACUCACUCCAACUUCACAGUCUGAUAUCAAUUCCCUCUCUCUCUUUCCUCUGCUCAUCUUCUGUUUUUUCUCUGUUUUUUCAGUUACCCUUUAAAUACUUGUCCAUCUUUUUCUCCUUUCCCUCCAUCUUCACCUUUUGUUUCUAUCUUUAUUCUCUUCACAUCACAAAAAUGGACUGUAAUAACCAUUUGAAAUCUUCCUCCUCAUCAUCAGAGGAACAGAUUGACAUGAUGUUGAUGAUGAUGAUGCAACUCCCUGAAUUCUCUUCAUCCAACAACAACAAUGAAUUUCCACCGUCAGAUCAAGACUUCUAUAACACACGUCCUCUUUCAGAUUUAAUCGAUAACCCUCCAAAUCCAUUCCCUUGGUCAUCAUCUUCAUCUUCAUCACUACCCUUACAAUCAACAAACAAUAUCUCUUUCACUAAUAACAACUCCACUACUCCGUUAAUCCUUCAGCAGCAGCAACAAACCCCACCGUUAAUGUUUUCGAACGCGAACAACACCGACGCUGUUACGAAUCCGAACCGUUACGGUGCGGCUGAGAAGAGAACCUCGAUGGCCGCGAUGAGGGAGAUGAUAUUCCGAAUAGCAGCGAUGCAACCGAUUUACAUAGACCCGGAAUCAGUAAAACCGCCAAAGAGAAGGAACGUGAAGAUCUCAAAGGAUCCUCAGAGCGUAGCAGCAAGACACAGAAGAGAAAGAAUAAGCGAGAAAAUAAGAAUACUCCAGAGAAUGGUGCCCGGUGGAACGAAGAUGGAUACUGCAUCAAUGUUGGAUGAAGCUAUUCAUUAUGUUAAAUUUCUCAAGACACAGUUGAAGACAUUGCAGGAACAUGCCAACAAUAACAGGACUGUUGCUGGUUCUGGGAUAGGGUUCCCUGUUUCAUUGCCUAAACCUUAUCAAGCUCGUAGUGUUGAUCAUUAUGGUGAUUAAUUUUGUUGCUUAAGUUUUAAUUAGUAUUUAUAAGUUUAACUACCUACAUGUGAGUCAUCAGUUAAUUAUUAAAUAUAGUACUCUAUUUUAAGGUUUA